AUGGCCAAGCGCGGCGAAAAGAGCGCGAGCCGCGCCGAUUGGGUCGCGGUCGAGGCGCAGUUCCAAAGCAACGAGACGAGCGCUCCGCACGCGCCCGUCAAGGCCAAGAGCGCGUACCAGCUGUUCCAGAAGCGCGUGCUCGAGGACGUCAAGCGCGACUUGAGCGCCAACGGACACGAGGGCGUGGAGCUGGGCCGUCUGUCGAAAGAGAUCAGCGCGCGCUGGGCGCAGCUGUCGAGCGCAGAUCGUGAGGAGUUUGUGGAGCUAGCGGCUGCUGACCGGAGGCGGUACGACGACGUGUGUCGCGCGCUGGACGAGCAAGUGGAGAAGGAGCGCGCGAGCAGGCGGGAGGACAUGUACAGCACUGUCGAGGGCAAGAGAGAGCGGAAGAAGAAUGUCGUCACGCGGGACGACACGCGGUUGAAGCGCGAGCCUCGUACUUUGACGCUGAAGCAGAUGGAAGCUAAGCGACUGAAACAGGAAAGUCGACAGCAGGAAGUGAAUGAGCGAGACGAGCUCAAGGCCGAGGAGAAACGCCAGAAAGAGGCGCUCGCGGACAAGAGGUCGGCGAUUGCGUCUGCUCGACUCAAAUACUUGCUCUCUCAGAGCGACAUUUUUGCCCACUUUAGUGGCCGAGUGCAAAAGAAAAACAAACCAGGCUUUGCUGUUGGAGCAGAUGAGAAAGAUUCUGCGGACACGGAAGCGAAGAAGGAGAAGAAAAAAAAGAAAGAGAAAGCAGGUGAAGAUAUUGAUGAGAUGGACUCGUCGCGUCACGUCGGCGUGCGACUUACCCAGCAACCAUCGGUGAUUAAGUUUGGCACGAUGCGCGCGUAUCAGCUGGAAGGUCUAACAUGGAUGGUUAAUCUCGCACAUCAGGGCAUCAAUGGUAUUCUUGCCGAUGAGAUGGGGCUAGGCAAAACGCUGCAGACGAUAUCGGUGCUGGCUUACUUUCUCGAAUUUGAGAAUAUCUCAGGCCCCCACAUUGUGCUAGUACCCAAGUCUACACUGAGCAAUUGGCUUUCUGAAUUUGAACGCUGGUGUCCGUCGCUGCGUGCCAUCAAGUUUCACGGCAACAAGGAGGAGCGCUUACGAUGUGUGCACGAGGUGCUGUGUCCUGGAUUACCUGACGACAAGCGCAAGUUUGAUGUGUGCGUGACAACUUUUGAAAUGUGUCUGAAGGAGAAGACGGCACUAUGCAAGUUUGCAUGGAGAUACCUUAUUAUUGACGAAGCACACCGCAUCAAGAACGAAAGUUCCCAGUUCUCCACCGUCGUGCGUAUGCUGGACACCGAGCAUCGGUUACUGCUUACAGGCACACCUUUGCAGAACAAUUUGCACGAGCUGUGGGCUUUGCUGAACUUCUUACUACCGGACGUAUUUGCGUCUUCGCAAGAAUUUGACGAUUGGUUUAACCUGGACGUGGAUGAUGACGAAGCCAAGAAGCAGAUGAUUAGUCAGUUGCACAAAAUUCUUCGCCCAUUCAUGCUUCGACGAUUGAAGGCGGAUGUCGAAAAGAGUUUACCACCAAAGAAAGAAACGUUACUAUUCAUCGGCAUGUCCGAAAUGCAGAAGGUACUGUACAAGUCGCUUUUGCUCCGCGACUUAAACACAGUCAUGGGUGGUGCCGGUGGUGUUUCUAGAAGCGCACUACAGAAUAUCGUGAUGCAGUUGCGAAAGUGCUGUGGUCAUCCAUACUUGUUUGAAGGGCAGGAGGACCGCUCUCUAGACCCGCUUGGAGAGCACGUGGUGCAAAACUGUGGCAAGAUGGUGCUGAUGGACAAGCUACUGAAGAAAUUAAAGCAGCGAGGAUCUCGUGUGCUUAUCUUUACCCAAAUGACGCGCGUCUUGGAUAUCAUGGAGGACUUUUGCCGCAUGCGUCAGUAUGAGUACUGCCGCAUCGAUGGCCAAACGUCGUAUGAGGUUCGCGAGAGCUCCAUUGACGAGUUCAACCAUCCGGAAUCGUCGAAGUUCCUGUUUCUGCUUUCCACUCGUGCGGGUGGCCUUGGCAUUAAUUUGUACACUGCGGACGUUGUUAUUCUGUAUGACUCGGAUUGGAAUCCGCAAGCUGAUUUACAGGCUCAGGAUCGUGCGCAUCGCAUCGGCCAGAAGAAGGAGGUUAAUGUGUACCGCUUGGUAACUACUGAUUCCGUCGAGGAGAACAUCAUUGAGCGAGCACAGCAGAAGCUUAAACUGGAUGCCAUGGUUGUCCAGCAAGGUCGUUUGCAGGAAAAACAGGCUAAACUUACGAAGAAUGACAUGCUUGAAAUGAUUCGUUUCGGUGCUGAUCAAGUAUUUCGCACCACUGACUCGACAAUUACUGACGAAGAUAUUGACGCUAUUCUGGCGAAGGGUGAGCAACGCACAGAGGAGAUGAAGCAGAAAAUGCAGGUUCACGAUAAAGGUGACAUGCUCGAUUUCAAGCUCGACGGUGGAGGUUGCCAAAACCACGACGGUAUUGAUUACUCGAACGAAAAGGAACGACAAGAAGAGCUGAAGCGUCUUGCAGACGCAGAACUUGCUCGUCAGAUGGCAGAAGGCAUGGGCAAGCGUGAGCGGCGUACUGUGAUUCGUCAUAGCCUCGUCUCUUCCGGGGGCAAACACAGGACAAAGCAAAAGCAGUUGCCCAAGGCAUUACGCUUGCCACGUCUGGAAGAAUGGCAGUUUUAUAACCGCAAGCGGCUUAUUGAGCUUCAUGAGAUCGAAUGCACAAACUAUGAGCAUGUUAAGGCAGAGACGGAAAAGCCGCCGCUCCCACCGCAUGCACAAUAUCUAACCGAAGAGGAGCUUGAGGAAAAGGAGCGCUUAUUGAGGGAGGGCUUCAGUGAUUGGAACAAGCCUCAAUUUUUUCUCUUCAUUAAGCUGCUUGCACGUUAUGGCCGUGGGAACAUUGAAGCCGUGGCGCUUGAAAUGAUGAAGCCUCUGGAGGAGAUCGAAAAGUACUGGAAGGUGUUCCUCGCUCGUGGUCAAGACGAGUUGAGUGAUUGGCAUAAGAUUAUGAAGUCUAUCGAAAAAGGCGAGUCGAAGCUGCUUGAAAUCGAGCGUUUGACGGAGGAAACUGCGCGGAAGGUUAAACGUUACACGAACCCGUGGGAAGACAUGCCAAUAAAUUAUCAAGGUAAGGGUGGUAAGGUCUUUACUGAAGAGGAAGACCGUGUACUAUUGUGCCUGGUAAACCAAUUCGGGUACGGAGCGUGGGACCGCAUUAAACAGGAAAUCUGCAGCAUGGAGAUGUUUGCAUUUGAUUAUUAUCUGCGUUCGCGCACAGCGGCUGAAGUCGGGCGUCGCUGUGACUCGCUGAUGCGAAUUUGCGAAAAAGACAAUGCGGACCUGGAAACUCGCGAAAAAAAAGAGCAAGACGUGCGGCAUGUGUUGCAAGAGCAGCGAGCGAAGCUAGACAAGCAACUCGCUGCAGCCCGCGCCGAUGUGAAGCAACACCAGGCCCGCGUUGACGAGCUGAUUAUGAAAGAGGCUAAGCGCAUGCAAAAGCAGCGUGAAAAUAAGCGCGCAAAGAAGCGCAAGGAGCGUGACCAGAACGAGGAUAUGGUCGACCAGUACACAGAAGCCCUGGUGUCGUUUUUGGUCCAAGCGACGAACAUGGAUGCGGCUAAAGUUGCAUUGGACUUCUGUGCAAAGAUUCGGCAGGAAAAAAACGAGGAGUUGCAACCGUCGUACGUGCUUAAAAAGAUACGCCAGGUUGCCGAGCCUGACGAAGGUGCUGCUAAAGGCGCUUUGACUUGGACGAUUAAGGGCGAUUUCGCAAAUGUGAAAACGUCUUCGAUGAAAAGAGAGAAUAAGAUACUCAAACAGGCGCAUAUGGCUGAUACCAGUCGUGACACAGCUGUUAAGUCCGAGCACGAGGACAAGGGCCGCUUGCCCAGGUCCCCGUGGUCUCCAACAGCUAUGAAGCAAAAGGUCAAGCAGGAGAAAAAGGUUAAGAAGGAGGGCUCAGCGUUGAGCAGUGUGCGGAAGCCCCGUAGUGCUUAUGUGCUGUUCAGCAUUGCCAGUCGAGUGGAAGUGAAGCAGUCGCUGGGCAACAACGCUAGUUUGGUGGACGCUAUGCGCAAAAUCUCGCAGACUUGGAAGGACAUGAGCCCCGAACAAAAAAGUCCAUGGAUUGAGGCGGCCAAGCAGGACCAAGUGCGCUAUGAGAACGAGAUGAACGAAACGAUAGCGUGA